AUGUUUGCAGUUGUAUUGUUGGUAGGUGCAAUUUUAACCUACCAAUUUGUUAGAAGAUUAUUUGUAACAAAAGAAGAUUUAGAAGAUGUUGAUUCUCUUCAUGAAAAAUUAAAUAAAGAAGUUAAUCAACUAAAAAAAGAGAAAAAAUACCAACUAAUAAAACCAACCGUUGAUGAUUUUAAUUCUCAGAUUUUUCAAUUAAGUAAUAAAGAUAGAGAUAAAUAUACAAUUGAUCUUCAUGGGUUAUAUUCAGAUCAUGCAAUUUUAGAAUUAAAAAAUCGAAUAAACCAAUUAAUAAAAGAAAAAUAUAAAGGAAAACUAUUAGUUAUUACUGGUAGAGGUAGUCAUAGUGUUGGUGAAGCUAAAAUUAAACCAAGAGUAAAUAGCUUUUUAAAAGAAAAUUCUUUACUAUUUGAAGAAAAUUCAAAAGGUGGAGCUUUUAUUGUCUACCUAAGUAGUCAAAAUGUAUUAUUAUUAUAA